AUGUCCCGUAGACAGCGUGUUGUCGUAAUAGUGGAUGAGGAUGUACGCGGAGGCGAUCCCGAAGAGUUUCGCAACGUUUUGGAUCUCUCCAUGUCCAUACCGUCAUCCGCGCUGAAAAGCUUCAAGUCAGCCACUUACGCCAAAUGGGCAACGCAUGCGCACACACAGCCGCUGCGUUUCGAUUGUGUGGGCACAACACGAAACGCAUUCGUACGCGCCGAAUAUGCCAUGCUCAUGGACGAACUAUUUCUAAAUAAAUCCAGUUGCUGCUUGCUGCAAUUCUUUCCGCUACGCGAAUGCCAAAUAUCAUUUUUAUGCAAUUUACUCGUCUCCGAGGUGGACAAGCGCAUCAUGACAAUGCAGGCCAGGUUAAUGAAGAUCAAGGUGGAAUAUUAUGAUCUACGCAAGUAUGAUGUCGUCAAUUUCCUCGGCUCCAGCCAACCACGUUCGACCACGAAGAAUAAACGCCAUUCACGUCCACAGAAUAUAUUUAGUAAUACCUUGGAAUUAUUGCGUUGGCUGCAAACCCGUUACCUGCAGCUCUUCGCCAAGGGUCAAGGCACUGAAAACAUGGACGUGGAGUUCACUUUUAGUGACACACAGACACGCAUCCACACCGUGCGCCUCUCUGUUAUGCAUGUCUUUCUCUGUCACAUGGAUAGCGAUACGAAGACUUGUCUUCGUAAUUGUUUCGAGAAUAUAAAUAGCGCGAAACGUGGUCGAAAGAGUAUUAUGCUUACCGAUUGCCUGCGCGAAAUACUGGGACCAAAAGACAACUGGUUUACCUGGUUCGUCUUCCAUGUGCCGAUAGCGAAAGGUCGUGGUAUAAUCAUUGAUGAUCAACUGAAUUUAGCGAGUUCUGCGUACGCCGGUAUCAAUGCGAAAGACUCUUCAGAUGUCAAAGCGCCGGACGAUUUCGAUUUAAGCAGCUUGCUCUCCUUCUUACACGUCUCUAGCGGUUCACAGCUGACUGUCAAUUCGCAACUGGGCGCGUCCACCUUAAGUAUGGCACAAAAUACUCCAACCUUUAUUGCAGCUAAUUCGUCCCGCUCGAUAUCCAACAGAUUAAAGAACAAGAAUAAUCAGACCUAUAAUCUGAAUACCUGGUAUACGAAAAUGGAUCAGCUGGUGCCGGCGGUGCUUAAACAUAUCCACAGUUUGUACGAGUAUAAAUAUCGUGAAAAUAUACAAAAAAUUUGUUUCGAACUCAAGCACAUGUUAAGCUUUAGCUCGCUCCGUCCAUCGAACAGUAAUUGUUGCAUGGGUCGUGAAGCUGAACGCUCGGAGUCGUUAGAUAAGCUCGAAAAGAAUUAUCUCAUGAUCAUAAGAGAGUUCAUACGUUUGGCUAAAGAGAUUGAGAAUUCGCCGGAUAGCGCGAUCUUGCGUGUCUAUCUCGAUGCCAAGAAGAAGGAGAUAAAAGAUUAUGCUACGAGCUGCAAAUUGCGUCAUCUGGAGACAUGCCAGAACUCGCUAAUCGAAACGAUUAAAGGCGAAAGAAAUCUGCUCACCAAAACUGGUACAAAUAUUGAGUUUAUAAAAUAUCCAUCCUUCAAGGCUACCAUAUCGGGCAAAGCAUAGCAUGCGGAGUAGAUUUAGCUGCCGUAACGGUACUCUGAAAUUUGUGAGGCACCAAAUUUAACUGUAUUUUGGCAAUAACUUUCUUUGCUAUCACCUAAGCUAUACAGUGAGUACAGAUAUUACCAAAGUACGGUUAAAAUAUGAUAUCUUAUUGUAAAAAAAUUCUAAUCUAUAGCUGGCUCGUGAUGAGUAGAAGUUUGAAAAAUAUGAAUAAAAAAUUGCAAAAUCUGAAUAUCAUGCUUUAAGACAGUCUUGCAAGUUGAACUGAGUUUUGGAAUAUUCGAAAAA